CUCCUUUCAUUUUUGCGAGUUUAUAUUAAAGUAUCGAUUGAGAGUGCAACAUGUGUUAUAAAACUCUUGAAAAGUGCUGUUAUCAUGGAUUACUGUGAUCUUACACAAAAUUCAAUUUUGUCUUGAUCUGCCGGAUACGAACGGCGUUUCUGUUACAAAAUUUAAAACUUUUUGCAAAGUUCAAGAUGGCAGAAGCACGAAUUGCUGUUGCAGAGCCACGUGUAAACACUGUGGAAGAAUUAGCUGCUACACAAACAUGGAAAGAUGUUUUUGGUUCUUUUCGAAGUACAGCAACUAAGCGAUACUACAAAGUCAGAAAUCUAAUAUAUAAUGGAGUGUGGCCUGCCUCUCUGUCAAAUGUUAGAAUCUCUAUUCUGACUUGUAUUGCUUUGAUGUUAAUAGAGCCAAGUAUAACGUCACCAUUCAAUGUAUUCCUGUGGAAUAUGUCUCAUGUCUUAUACAUUCCAAAAGGUCUUCCACGCACUUUACGAGCUUUAAUUGUGUCAUGCCUUGUUGGCUUUUUUUCUUUCAUCAUAUUGAUGAUUCUUCGACAAGGUCUGCUUAGACUUCUUUUAUCUUAUAGAGGAUGGAUGUAUGAAACACCAAGAAAUCAUACAAUUCUUACUACAUUAUGGUGUGGCUGUGUGAGAUUGUUAAGUGGCUACAAGCCUUCUCUUUAUAGUUGUCAGCGCUCUCUGCCCCGCCUUCCUGUGCCUGCAGUUCGAGAUACUUUAAACAGGCUUUAUGAAUCACUAAAGCCAUUGUGUACAGAAGAAGAACUUAAAGAUAUCCAGCAAAGUGGAAGAGAGUUUGAGACAACUGUUGCACACAAGUUGCAGAAUCUUUUGUACCUAAAGUCAUGGUUUUGCCAAAAUUAUGUCAGUGACUGGUGGGAAAAAUAUGCUUAUCUAAUGAGCCGUGGUCCACUCCCAAAUAACAGUAAUUAUUAUUGUUGUGAUCAGUGCUAUUGGAUACCCACAAAUAAGCCUGUCUCUCGUGCGGCUUCUUUGAUUUACAAUAUUCUUGUUUUCAAACGAUUAAUUGAUCGUGAAGAGUUGGAGCCGCUAGUAGUAAGAAACACUAUUCCUAUCUGCAUGGCACAAUAUGAACGUUUGUUUAGUACUGUCAGAAUUCCUGGAGAAAACACUGACAAGAUCUUACAUUGUGAAGAUUCAAAACACAUAGUAAUUCAGGUGAAAGGAAUAUAUUACAAACUAGAUAUCUGUGAUUCAAAGAAUCAAAUAUUAGCACCCACAACUUUGGAAGAGCAGUUGAAUUGGAUAGUAAAAGAUGCAGAAAACCAAUUAGCUUCUUAUUCAGAUGUUGAGAGAUCAAUUGCAUCGCUCACUGCUUUAAAACGUUCCCAAUGGGCUACUGUUCGCAAGAACCAUCUUUGUUCUGGAGUAAACCGAGACAGUCGUAGAGUCAUUGAGAAGGCUAUAUUUUGUGUUACCCUCACUGACUACGUGCCACCAAAUUUGACAGAGAAAGGCAAGUUUCUCUUACAUGGGGAUAGUAAAAGCAUUUGGUUUGAUAAAUCCCUUAAUCUCAUUGUUUUUGGCAAUGGUGCAACUGGAAUGAACUGCGAACAUACUGUUGCUGAUGCUCCUGCAAUGGCACACAUGUGGGAAUACACCAUGUCCAGAGAGGUUCUUGAGAAACUAUUUGAUGAAAACGGUUACUGCAUGCCAUUCAGCCGAUCAUUCAAGCAAGCUAAAAUUAAGUCACCACAGAGAUUAAUUUGGGAGAUGACACCAGAUUUGACAUCAUGCAUUGAAGAAGCAAUCACUUUCGCAAAAUUUAGUAAUGAUGAUUUGGAUUUAAAAAUUUUGGAUCAUAAUAAAUGGGGCAAAGGUGUCAUCAAGAAGUGCAAAGUAUCUCCUGAUGCAUUUGUUCAACUUGCCCUGCAAUUAGCUUACUACAAAGAUGCUGGAAAGUUUGUGCAAACAUAUGAGGCAUCAAUGACCAGACUUUAUCAAGGAGGAAGAACAGAAACUGUAAGAUCAUGCACUAUGGAAGCUAAAGAAUUUGUUCUAAGUAUGAUGCAGAAUAACACAGAAAAGGAAACAAGGAAAAAACUCCUUCAGAAAGCUGCAGCAAAGCAUCAAAAUUUGUACAGAGAUGCUAUGAACGGGAAAGGCAUUGACAGACAUCUAUUCGCUCUUUAUGUUGCCUGCAAAGGUCUAGGCUACGAAAGUGAAUUUCUGUAUAAGACUAUAACCAGACCCUGGACAUUGUCCACUAGUCAGACCCCCCAUACACAAUUGACAGCUUUGCCUGAUGCAAAUUUGCAUGUCUUUGAUGAUAAGUUGGGAGCCGGUGGAGGAUUUGGACCCGUCUCAGACGAAGGAUAUGGCGUAUCCUAUCUUUUCCCAUCAGACUACAGAAUAUUUUUCCAUGUCUCUUCAAAACACUCUUGUCCUAACACAAACUCUGAAAGAUUCUUAGAAAUCUUGGUCCACAGUAUGGAAGCAAUGGUAGCUCUGUUUGAAGAAAGAUAAUUAUUUGGUGAUUUGAUCAUCUGGUAGUGCACAAAAAAGGGAGACUUCCCUCAUGGAAAGAGGAAAAAAAAAAAGAAAGUGUGGCUCAUUGGAGCUCUAACGACUUUGAAUAAAAUGUUAUCAUGUGACAUCAAAGGGUAAAAGAUUACACGGAAUGUAGUUCCUUUUGAAUCUUGUUUGGGACCAAUCUAAGAAAUUGUUUUUUGUUAAAAAUUUGUUAUAAAGUCAAAUCAAUUGUAAAUCGUAUGUGUGUGCAUUUUCAUUUUGAAUUUACCCAUGGAAGUCUUUAAGCUUUCUUCAAGCUUUAUCUGACAUUUAUUACAGUUGCAGGUGGAGUUUCGAAAAUCCGAGGUAAUUGGGGGUCACUUCGCCUGGGAUUACUGAAAACUUAGAUUAUCCGGAAAAUUCUUCCAGAUUUAAAAUGUACGCUACAUAGAAGACAUUAGGAGGAGCACCUUCUACUUCCUUGUAUAAAGAAAAGGAACUAUUGUCUUCGACGAAAAAUAAUCACUCAAACUUCAAACAUAAAUUUCCUUUUAAUUACAUCUAAAGAAAUUUUAACUAAAUUUUUUCUUUAUGUCCAUACGCAUUUAUGUGUGCAAGGCAACUAAAACAUAACCAACCUCUCAAUGUAUUUUUAUUAUUUACUGUAUGUAAUCAAUAAGUUUUACAGUAGCAAAAUAUUUCUAUUUUCCAGAUUUUAAUGAAAAUCAAAUUUUAGCAACUAAAAAGAAAACUUAAAAUAUAAAUGAAGCACCUCGGAUUAAGCGGAACCUCAAACUUUCAAAACUCAGAUUUUCGUAUUCUACUGUAUAUCAUUAUUUAGUGAUGUUUCUCCAAUAUAAUGGUUGAGGCUUGACUUUCUUCACUUUCCUAAAUUUCUUGUGUGUAUGCGUUUCAUUGUUUUUAACUUUGUCCUCUAAAAGUGUGACAAAUAACUCUCACUUUUGCCAUUCAGAGCUUGAAAUGAUAGUUCUAUGUGUCUUAUUUUUCAAUAUUAUAGAUUUAAGGAAUUGAUUUUGUUAUUAUAGAUAUUUCAAAACAAUUUGCAUUUUUGAAACUUUUUUUUUUAUUCUUGUUUUUAUCUGUUUAUUUAUUUAUUUCAUUUUCUUAAAAAUAAAAAAAAGAAAGAAAAACAUUAUUUUCAAAUAAAAAAUUAAUUAAAAUGACUUUAUGUAAGUUUUGAAAUUUAAUUUCUUGGUAACAUAAGUUGGGGGGGGGGGGGGGGAAAUUAACAAUUUAAAAUUUAAAUCCAAUGAUCAGGUUUAUAAAUUGUUAUGUUCUACCCUCUCUCUCUGACACAUUUCACAUUACAAGUUCCUUUUCCCCCAUAAACAUUUAUUUUUGUUCUUAUGUAUUUUUCAAAGAUUUUUUGAUUACAUAAAACAUUUCCCUCAUAUCUACUGCAUAUUGUUUCAAUUACCAAAAUUAUAAUUUCUUGUUAAUCUUAAAAACAGCUUUAAAAUGCCAUCCUUUAAAGUUUUUAAUAAACUUUUUUACUUCUAGAAAAAACUUACUCUUUAACUAGGAAGCAAAUAACGUGGCACACAUUUGAAAACUUGUGCUUUAUGAUGUUUUUUCUUCAAAUUCAAUUAAUUUGUUUUCAAAUUAAAUCAAUGAGUCUGAAAACCAGUCGUCCUUUUUUGUCCUCCCUGGGUUUGUCCUCCCAAAACCCAGGAGAUGAGUGGUUUUUUACUCAUCAAUUCAAUUAUCCUUUGUUGAGUGAGUGCAACAUGUCUUAAGACCUAUCUCACUUGAUGGAAAAAAAGCUGUGCAAAGUUAAGAGACAAUUUUUUAUGUUCAGAGUGUUUUCUUAAGUAUUAAAGUCAGUGUGCUCAAUGUUGAUUUAUGCGAAUUCCAUAAACAGGCAGCAAAUUGUAUUUGAGAUUUUCAAAAUAAUGUAGGAUUUUAAUCUUGAAAAUGGUAUGUUUUGAAUGCCUUACUCUGAUUUUUACCUUUCAGGACUUUUCUUUCUUUCUCAAUCCCCCUUCCCAAUUAUUUUGUUUAAAAUUAUGAAAAAAACUAUUCAUUUUGAUUUUCAUAAAUACAUUGAACUUUUUUGUACACUUCAUAAUCAUGUGUGUUUAAUUUCAAAAUAUGUUUUAAAUUGAUGUCUUCUUGUAUUUUUUUCAAAAUUAAUUGUUAAUUUUUGUUUUUAGUUUUUUGUGUAUAUUUACACGAAUUUAGUCACCUUGUUUUUGUUUGACAUUUUCAUGUUCUUGAUCUCAAUUUGUAUUUUCUUUUUUCCAUUUUAAUGAUACGCUUUCCAUAGUUUUUGUUGCUGUAAACAAUGAAAUUAUAUGUACUUUUUUUAAAAAAAAAUAAACUGUUUCUUAU